AUGUCCGUGGUUCAAGAUAUCCCUUCCAACGGCAACGACCUUGUCGAUUCUCUCGACCGCCUUAAGGUUGAUGACGGCGAGCCGAGACUCGGCCCCGAUGGCGAGCCUGCUCCCCGUACGGAGGAGGAGUAUGCUGUGUCUCAGCUCACCCUUCGCGCCAUCGUCUCUUCCAAGGAGGCCGGUGUGAUCAUUGGAAAGGCUGGCAAGAACGUCGCUGAUCUUCGCGACGAGACCGGUGUCAAGGCCGGCGUGUCUAAGGUUGUUCAAGGUGUACACGACCGCGUUCUCACUAUCACUGGUGAAAUUCAGGCCAUCUCCAAGGCCUACGCCAUUGUCGCGCAGGCUCUCCUUGAGGGCGCUCCUGCUAUGGGCAUGGGCGGCGUCGUCCAGAACAAUGGCACCCACCCUAUCAAGCUCUUGAUUUCCCACAACCAGAUGGGCACCAUCAUUGGUCGACAGGGACUGAAGAUCAAGCACAUCCAGGACGUCUCUGGUGUCCGCAUGGUGGCUCAGAAGGAGAUGCUCCCUCAGUCCACCGAGCGCAUUGUUGAGGUGCAGGGAACCCCGGAUGGCAUCAAGGCUGCCGUUUGGGAGAUCUGCAAGUGCCUCGUCGACGACUGGCAGCGUGGUACCGGCACGGUCCUCUACAACCCGGUCGUUCGCACCCAGCCUGGCACCACUAGCAGCACUAUUGGCGGCGGAAGCGGUAGCUACUCUUCCACCGGCGGUGGUCGCUCUGCUGAGUACAGCAGCCCCCGCGUCAUGCGCACCGGCAACGGUGCCGACUUUAGCAACGGCGCAACUCGCCCGUACGGCCGCCGCUCUGACUCUGACGCUGCUUCCCGUGGACCCCCCACUCAUGAUGAGAACGGAGAGGAGAUCCAAACUCAGAACAUCUCCAUUCCCGCUGACAUGGUCGGUUGCAUCAUCGGACGGGCUGGUUCCAAGAUUAGCGAAAUCCGCAAGACCUCCGGCGCCCGCAUCUCCAUUGCUAAGGCCCCCCAUGACGAGACUGGCGAGCGCAUGUUCACCAUCAUGGGCACUGCUAAGGCCAACGAGUCUGCCCUUUUCCUGCUGUACGAGAACCUGGAGGCCGAGAAGAUGCGCCGCUCCCAGGCUCCUGCCUCGGAGUAG